AUGCAGGGUGGCAGAGGGCUAUCUGUAGCUGGGGGCUCACAUUAUGUUACUGUAACAUGCCCUGCAUGUCUGCAACCUGGGAAAAAUCUGCCAGACAAUUGGCAAGAUACUCCAAAGUCCAAAGGUUGGCUAUAUGAUCUGUUUCUGACAAUUGAUGCCAAUUUCUGCCUGAAAAGAUGGGCUGUGUCAUCUGACAAGACUGAUCCUAGCCUUUCACAAGGCUGGGCCUAUGUCAGAGAGGAGACAUCUUACAAGUCUUAUAUCUCAGACAGAGCUGGGAAUGUACAAGAGAAAAGCACAUGCUUGAAUCAUAAUGCCAUGAAUAUGGCAGAUACCAAGUUAUCUCAAGGACUUGCAGCAAUGGGAGUGGAGCUGAAAGGCAUUGCAAUUAUACAAGCAAGCGCACACUUGAGCUUGGCCCAGCUCAAGGCCAAGGAGCUUAAGCAUGAUGUAGAUCUUUUGCUUUACCCUGAUGUAUUGUCAAGUGUAAUUAUUGCAUCAGGCAUGGACCUUGAAGAAGAACAGCUGCACUUGAAGGUUAUUAUCGACAACACAGGCAUUCAUGCCACAGACUCACAGAAGUUGAGUGUCCUCCGCAUGUGGAUGUCUCUUCAUCAAAAGAUUGACUGCUGGAGGCAGACCCAACUUCUAUAUAUCCUGUCGGUGUGUUUGCUCGUCACCUCGUCAGCAACCAGUGGUCUCAACAAUACUGAGCUUACAAAGCUGUGGCUCCUGUCUGCAUUGAAUACCAAUGUUUGUGAUCCCCACCUCCAGCAUAUUGAGUGGGAGUUGCAAUUCACACAAGCUCAUGAUACUCUAGAAUCUCAGUGGUACUGA